AUGCCUCCAAAGCAGCAGAAAGAAGUUAAUCCUCCUGCAGUUGUUGUUGCUGCUUAUGGUUUGGGUGUACAGAAGGACAUGUCUAUGGUGCCGUUUGCGCAGCACAUAGCAGAAGAAGGAUUUGCAGUUGUUAUAUUUGAUUAUAGACAUUGGGGUGUAUCUGAAGGAACGCCGCGUCAUGUAGCGAACCCUCACAAAGAAAUUGAAGAUUUAAAAGCAGUGCUGCAGCAUCUGCAUGCAUCUAACGGCCUAGGCGGGCGUGUAGACCAACACCGUAUAAUGCUAUAUGGAGCUUCUUUAGGGGGAGCCCUUGUCCUAGCCACAGCAAGCCUUCUUAAUAAAGAAAACAACAAAAUAAAAGACAGUAUUAAAGCUGUUGUUGCUGCAAUUCCAUUCGUCAGCGGAAGAAACGCCCAAAACAAUACAAUAAAGCAACGAGGGCUUGGUGAAGCUUUAGGCAUAUUAUGGGCAGUUCUGAAUGACGUCGUAAUGAGUUUCUUUUCUACAGAUUCUGCAGUGUACAUACCAAUUGCACGCCCGACUACCGCAGAGGGAAUCAGCGCUUUUUUUAUUUCUGAAGACGAAUAUAAGCUCUGGGCCUCUCGUACGCCUCUGGAGCAUAAAAAAUUGGAAGGGGCUUGGGAAAAUAAAUUGGCUGCAAGAACAUUGUUCUGGCUGACGAGAUUUCAAGUAGACGAAAUUGCCGUCAAUUUCCUCGAGGUUCCCACCCUUAUCAUUGCAGGCUCGGAAGACACUCUGUGCCCGAUCGAGCCUAUUCGAAAGAUGGUGGAAAUGCAUGCAGAAAAGCAUGAAAAGAAUAAAAUAAAGCUAAAAGAAUUCCCUGUUCGACAUUUUGAUUUCCUUUCCGCUAAGUAUUUCUCCUCUCUCGUGCAGACAACUGCCGCCUUCAUCAAAGAAUUCGCCUGA